CACUGUAUUAAGCAGCCUUUUUGUCCAUCCAGUUAGCCAUUAUAUUACAAAUACACAGCAUAAUCUUGGACAUGGUGGCCUCUCCUUUCCCAUUGAUUGAUCUUUGAAUGCCUUUAUUAUGCCUUGAUUAUCAGCUGCAACCUUCCUUUCAAACUCCUUUUGUUUAUUCUAGUUUUGUCUGAAACAUCAAGUUCUGCAGAGUCAAAGUCUUGAGAAACGAUUAAAAUUAGAUUAGCAGUCUGAAAAACAACCACUUUCUGGUAAUAAAUGGGGACAGACACAACACAUUCAAACACAGAAACUCGAAAAAAGAAGCUUGAUUGGUCACAAGUCUCACCAACCAAAUAAAAAAAGAUCCUUUUUAGCUCCAUACGAAACUCAGGCGUUGACUUUUUAUUUAAAAUUUUAGGUCAUUUUGCCCCCAUCUUCCUAACCUGACAUUAAUCAACGCGAGAGGUGAAUGCACUAUCUUCAGUUUUUAGUUUUCUCAUUCUCAAUCAAUAUUAUAGAAUUAUUGUCCCUUGAAGGUGUAGAGAAAAGUUAAAUGAAAAGGCAUGAAUUCUUCAUGGGAGGCCAAACUAUUUUGUUCCUUUUGUCUAUUGUUUUCUUCUUAUCAAUCCCCUCUACAGCAAUAGAGAGCAUCAAUGCCACUCAAUCACUAGAAGAUGGGGACACCCUGGUCUCAUCAGAAGGCCAUUUUGAGCUGGGUUUUUUUAGUCCUGGAAAUUCCAGAAAUCGGUACAUGGGAAUAUGGUACAAGAAGAUAUCUAGCUUUACAGUAGUAUGGGUUGCCAACAGAAAUACUCCUCUAAAUGAUUCAUCAGGAAUGUUGAAGUUCGUUGACCAUGGAAAUCUUGCCUUUAUCAAUAGUACAAAUGGCACUAUUUGGUCCUCAAAUAUAUCAAGGGCAGCAAUCAAUCCAGUUGCACAACUUCUGGACACAGGAAAUCUAGUUGUGAGAGCUGAAAAUGACAAUGAUCCUGAAAAUUUCUUAUGGCAGAGUUUCGAUUAUCCAGGCGACUCGUUUUUACCAGGCAUGAAAUAUGGUAUAAGCUUCGUGACCGGCCUCAAUCGAUACCUGACAUCCUGGAAGAGCCCCAGUGAUCCUUCUACAGGUAAAUAUACAAAUAAGCUUGAUCCAAAUGGAUUGCCACAGUACUUUUUAUCUCAGGGUUCAGUUGACCAGUUCAGGUCAGGACCCUGGAAUGGACUGAGGUUUAGUGGUAUGAUAAAUUUGAAGCCAAACCCAAUUUACACAUUUGAGUUUGUUUUCAAUCAAGAGGAAAUAUAUUACAAGUAUCAAAUCGCUAACAGUUCAGUCCUUUCGAGGAUGGUGUUAAGUCCUGAUGGUGUCCUGCAGCGUUUCACUUGGAUUGAUCGAACUCAAGAUUGGACCCUAUACUUGACAGCAAAUAUGGAUAACUGUGACAGGUUUGCAUUAUGUGGUGCACAUGGUGUUUGUAACAUCAACAACUCCCCAGCCUGUGAUUGUUUGAAAGAGUUUGAGCCAAAAUCCCUGGAAGAAUGGACAGCUGCAGAUUGGUCACAAGGAUGUGUUCGAAAGGCCCCAUUGGAUUGCAGCAAUGGAGAAGGUUUUAUAAAAUAUACUGGGAUUAAAGUGCCAGACACACGGAAGUCUUGGUAUAACAAAACCAUAAACCUUGAAGAAUGUGAGGAGGUCUGUUUGAAGAAUUGUUCUUGCACAGCUUACGCGAAUUUGGAUGUUAGAGAUGGAGGAAGUGGGUGUGUUCUGUGGUUCGGUGACUUGAUUGAUAUCAGGCAAUACAACGAAAAUGGGCAAGAUAUCUAUAUAAGGAUAGCUGCUUCUGUAAUAGAUAAACUUGUCAAAUCCAGAGGGAAGAAACGAGUAAGGAUCAUUGUUAUUCCCGUAUCACUAGUGGCAUUUUCCCUCCUAGCCCUUUGUCUGUUCUUGCGUUUCCUGAGGAAAAACAAGCAACAGCAGCUAACAAGAGAAGGAAAUGUGGUAACCAAUCCAGAGCAAGACCGCACCAAGGAAAGCAGAAAUGAAGAUUUAGAGCUACCACUGUUUGAUUUGGCUACAUUAACAGAUGCAACCAAUUGCUUUUCGAUAAACAACAAGCUUGGCCAGGGUGGUUUUGGACCAGUCUACAAGGGUAUACUGCAAGAUGGACAAGAAAUAGCAGUGAAGAGGCUAUCUAAAAGGUCAAGACAAGGAAUUAAUGAGUUCAGAAAUGAAGUUGUAUGCAUUGCCAAACUUCAGCAUCGCAACCUUGUGAAGCUUUUAGGAUGCUGCAUUGAAUUAGAAGAAAGGAUGCUGAUAUAUGAAUACAUGCCAAACAAAAGCUUGGACUCUUUCAUUUUUGAUAAAAGGCGAAACAUGUUGCUGGACUGGACUAAGCGCUUCCCCAUUAUCAAUGGGAUUGCAAGGGGACUUCUUUACCUUCAUCAAGAUUCAAGACUCAGAAUCAUACAUAGAGAUUUAAAAGCAAGCAAUAUUUUGCUGGAUUAUGAGAUGAAUCCAAAAAUUUCAGACUUUGGCAUGGCUAGGAGUUUCGGAGGGGAUGAAACUAGCGCAAACACAAGCAGAAUUGUUGGGACAUAUGGUUACAUGUCGCCAGAGUACGCAAUCGAUGGCCUCUUCUCAGUGAAAUCGGAUGUAUUUAGCUUUGGUGUUUUGGUACUAGAGAUAGUGAGUGGAAGGAAGAAUAGAGGAUUCCGUCACGCAGAACACAAGCUCAAUCUUCUUGGACAUGCAUGGAUGCUACACAAGGAAGGAAGACCCCUGGACUUGAUUGAUGAAUCUAUUGUAGACACAUGCAUUAUAUCAGAAGUCUUGCGAUCAAUCGAAGUAGCACUAUUGUGUGUUCAAAAAAGUCCUGAAGAUAGGCCUAAAAUGUCAAAUGUGGUUCUAAUGUUGAGCAGUGACAUUGUUUUGCCUCAGCCCAAGGAGCCUGGUUUUUUCACUGAAAGGGAUCUGUCGAACGAUUCUUCGUCAACAAUCAAGCAUGAAAUCUCUUCAGUAAAUGAAUUAACCUCCACCUUGUUAGAGGCUCGGUAAAACUUGUGAUAGCUCGGAGAUAUUCAACAUUCUCUCUCUCUCUCUCUCUCUCUCUCUACUUCUUUCCUGAGUACGGCUAUGCACUUUGGAUCUAAGAGAAACAAAAGAUGGUUGCAUAAUGAUUAACUCUUUCAACUGCAGGAACCGUCUUCCUUUAAUCUUUCAUCUAAUAUGUGAGAACAGGGAAAUGUCAAGAAAUCAUCUCUAGCCUUGUGUUAAAUAAAUUUCCCAGAAUCAAAAUGCAAGCACAUAAAUGGAAAUAUUGAGAAAAAAAUUAUUUCAUGUGAAAUGUAAAAAGUAUACCAAGAACACAGAAAGUAUGCAAGUCCAACAAAUGCAGCAGUUGUUCAUAGAAAAAACGAUACCGGAUUUUCGAUCUAGUUAACUGAUGAGCUUCCAGAGAUUAAUUUGAAUAAAUUCUCCCUUCUUUCCAAUUACAUUUGUGUAAUUUCAUUGCAGAAUUUUUAAUUUAAGAAAUCCUAUUUCACUACUGAUUCGGUACUUGGUAGAACAAAAUCUUUUUCGAAACAUAGAAACAUCAAAUUCUGCACCUGUAUCUUCUUUAAGGAUCUGCCAACCUUGACCUUCCUUUUUCCUUGGGUAAGAAAUAAAGAAAUUGAAUCUCAGAUAUUGUUAACGAAAAUGAACACAAACUGAUAUCUGAAGAAUGUAGAAGAAAAUUAGCACAUCAUUUUUCAUAGAUUACAGACUACAUAUCUACAUAAUAUAAUUGAAUCAUCAUCCAUAUGGUCAAGAAAUAAUCCAUAAUAAAAUCCAUCCAGAAAGCUUGCAUCACUGUUACCCAGAAACAUCGCACCUUGUUAAGCUUUUCUCAAAUGAUAUAUGGCAGGAGCAAUAUAUGAGUGUAUUUUUGAAGUCAUAGCAGGAAUAGAAAGUGACCUUGUCCACUGCUCGUUGGAAGUUGCCCGCAAUUAGUUGCUGGAUUCAUGAAAAUGUAACGCAGUAAUAUAAUAUUGUCUCUGUCACUCUUCAAUAUUAUGUCCACUACACUGAAACUAGUACAGUGGGCAGAAAGAACUGUCACCAUUUUAAUUGCUGAAGGCUUGGAGUUUAUAGCUUGUUGCAUGAUUGAGCAGGUAAAAUAUCCAUUGAAUGCCAACUGAAGAUAGCCUACCGCGCUUGUAACAGUGUUACAGUAACUUCAUUUGCUGAGUGAGAUUGGUGCUUGUUUGAUGAAGUAUCCUUUUCAGGUGGAUUACUUCCCAUAAAAAAACCAGGCUGUUUAGGCUGAGGCAAUGGAUUUUCACUGCCAAGCAUUAGAACAACAGAUGACAUGUUUGGCCUAUCUUCUGGUCGUUGUUGCACGCAUAAUAGAGCCACAUGAAUGCAUCUUAAAGCUUCCGAAGGUGUGCAUGAAUCAGCAAAGCAUUCAUCAAUUAGUUCCAAAGGAAUCCCAUUAAACCAAAGCAUCCAUGCCUGGAAAGAAUCAUGGCAACAGGUCAGUAGGCUGAUUUUCCCCUAAGGUGCAUAUGAUUGUCGCUGCUGCUAACAUUUCAGGACUACUACUAAUACAUUCCAGAGGAAGGCCAAAAAACUUGUAAAAUUAAUGCAAUAUGUCAAUUAAUCAGAUACCUGAGAGGAACCAAACCAAUACAUAUCACCAGUCUAUUUGUUUCUAAACACUUACAUGCCCAAGAAGGUUUUGGUUGUAGUCUGGGUGACAAAAUCCUCUGUUUUUCUUUCCACUCACUAUCUCUAGGACUAGGACACCGAAGCUGAAGACGUCAGAUUUGACAGAGAAGUGUCCAUCCAAUGCAUAUUCAGGAGACAUAUAACCACUGCAAAUAUAUAUUAUACCAUGAAAGGAAUUUCUCCAAAUACACAAAUGAAAAUCAACUAAGGAAGUACAGGACACUUACUAUGUUCCAACUACCCUCUUUGUAUUGGCCUCAGUUUGAUCUCCACCAAACAUUCUUGCGAGGCCAAAGUCUGAAAUUUUUGGGUUUAACUCAUUAUCCAGCAAAAUGUUGCUGGCUUUGAUAUCUCUAUGAAUGAUCCUCAGUCUAGAGUCUUGGUGAAGAUAAAGAAGCCCUCGAGCUAUUCCAUCAAUGAUGUGAGUACGCUUACUCCAAUCUAGGAAUUUUCUUCUUGUUGGGUC